CUCUGUAGUUUUCGCCUUCGUACAUUUUCUAUUUUUCUCCUCCUACUAUUCCUUAUUUACUUUAUUCACCUUUGUACAAAAAUGUCGCAGAGCAUUCCAAUUUCAGGCAACCGCAAGGGCCAGCAGCAGCAGCAGGGUGCGCCCAUUCCGAUAAAUGCAGCCAAUGUGCCAAAGAUGAAUGUGUUUGCACAAGGCAGUGGCGGCUCGGGCAGCGACUCUACCAACUUCCGCCUGGGCUCCGAGCUGUCCACGUCGCACCUGGGCAUGACGGGGAUCGAGGCACCGCCAAAUUCCCUUGUGCAGCCGUCGCUGAUGUCAGCGCACGCUGGGUCGGGCAGCAGCACAGCGCAGAUGCUGGGCGGGUGGAAUCCGCCGCCGAACACGCCGGCACAGGCGAGCAAGCUGCAGCAGGUGAUCAACCAGCAGCAGUACGGCGCGGGCCAGGUGCCGACGGGGUCGUUUAUUGACCGGAAGAUCCAGGGUAUGGCGCAGUUCCGCGAGGCCGACGAGGACGAGAUGGAUGUGAGCCUCGAGGACUCGAACCCGUCGUCGUUCCAGCACAACAGCCAUUUGUCGAAACAGGAUUUGGACGAUACGUUUGAAAUGGAGCAGUGAGCAGGGGCCUCGUUAUGUCCAAUGCCACUCCUUCUUGGCUUUCUCCUUUCAUAACCCACCCUACCUUUCUUACCCUGUGCUGACAAUUAUAAAGACAUGUUUAACCUUU